ACUCUGCAUAUUUCAAUUAUCCUAAUUCUUUUCUCUUUCUUCUUCUCCCACAAACAAACGACGAAACCCUAAUUUUUCACGUUCUUCAAUCCACUCUCAGAUCCUUCCUCUCCCUCCUUUCCCUCUCGUUGAACUCUCAAAUUCUCAACCAUGUCUGCCGCUCUCGAUAUGACCCUCGAUGAUAUCAUCAAGAACAACAAAAAAUCUGGAUCCGGAAACCCUAGAGGCCGUUCUAGACCCGGACCCGGAUCCGGACCUGGUCCCGCUCGCCGUUUACCUAACCGUGCAAUCAACCGUGCCGCACCUUACUCCGGCGGCGCUAAGGCGCCGGAGACUACGUGGCAGCAUGAUUUGUAUGGAGAUCAACAUGUGGCUGCGGCGGCGUUUCCUGCUCAAGGUGGUCGUGCGCCUUCCAUAGAAACUGGAACCAAGCUCUAUAUAUCUAAUUUGGAUUAUGGUGUUUCCAAUGAUGAUAUAAAGGAAUUGUUUUCUGAAGUUGGUGACUUGAAACGGCAUGGCGUUCAUUAUGACCGGAGUGGCAGAUCGAAGGGCACUGCAGAAGUAGUCUUCUCACGGCGACAAGAUGCUGUAGCUGCUGUAAAGAGAUACAACAAUGUUCAACUAGAUGGGAAACCAAUGAAGAUAGAGAUUGUUGGAACCAACAUUUCUACACCUGGUGCAGCUCCUGUUGUAAAUCCACCUAUUGGAAAUUUUAAUGGAGUUCCUCAAAGUGCCCAAGGAAGAAUUGGAGAUUUACGAGGGCCGGGAGGAAGAGGUCAAGGCAUUCGAAGAAAUCGAGGACGUGGAAGAGGUAGCGGUGGAGGUCGUGGUGGUGGUCGUGGUGGAGGUCGCGGUAGAGGUCGUGACGAAAAGGUAUCUGCAGAAGACCUUGAUGCUGAGCUGGAGAAGUAUCAUGCAGAGGCCAUGCAAAUAAACUAAAGGGGUUAUUUUGUUCCUUUUUUUGCUUUUACAUCUAUGGUUAUUAGGGGGGCAUUGUGAUGGUUAGCCACAUGUUUUGUGUAUUUGGAGCCCUAUGUUUUAGGGAAGGGAAAAAAUUACUUGAGCCAACACUAUUUGCUUGAUAUGUGGAGUUUGGGCUUCUGUUGUCUAAAAUAUUAGUAUUCCUCAGGAUUGUAUGAACUAUGAGUUAACAGGAGCCAGCUUGUAAUGUGCACUCUAGGUUGCUUUCAUUGACUUAAAUAAUUUGUUUAUCAA